AUGUCUCACCCCACAGGAGAACGCAUAAAAGUCACCUUCGACAAAAAGGAACUGCAAAAUCGAAUAACAAAUUUUACAUUUCGUGAGGCACGUCGUCAUUCUGGCAAUCUCUAUGCAGCUCUUGUGCAAGAACUUCGUGAAGAUGGUUGUUUGACAUCAGCAAAAUAUUUCGAAAUGUUAGCCUCUAAAGAAACGGAUUAUUAUAAGAACAAUGUGAUACGAGAUCGUGUUAUGGAUCAUCCCGGUUUCCUAAUGUCCCUCUAUGACAAUUGUAAAAUGGCCGAAAGAUCUGCACUGCUGGAACAAUGUGAAGGAAUGGCGGUAACAUUUAAUUUACUAUACCAAAUUGUCUCAAUGAUGGAUGAACCAAAAUAUGCCAGAAAAUUUAAUUGGCUACGGAAGGAUGUCUAUGAAAUUGUGGCAAAAAUAUGCGAUAAACUAGGUAAGGGGAAGAACAAUGUGGAAAGGCCAAUUGCAAUGAUUUAUUUAAAAUAUGCAAUAUGUAUGUUUCACAAUAAAAAUUCUCUUGCAGAUGAAACCAUAAAUCUAGCCUUACUCUACUAUGAAAAGGCUAUUACAUUGGCACAAACCAAUAAAUGGAUUACAAACACCACCACCCCUGCGGAUGCUCGCGCGGCAUUAACAUCUCUGCACACCACAAUCGCUGAACAUUAUGUGGCAGCUCUUUUGAAAUUUGGCAAAUCAAUUGCCGUCAGCGAUUAUUUACAGGCCGUUGGUUUAGGCCAAAAGGCUAUUUGCGUUCUAACACAAGUGGGUCGCAAUGUACGAAAUCUACAUCAAUUUACGGAUAUUGAAAUGCACAUUGCGGAAUUUUACAUUGAAGGGGAAAAAUAUGAUGUCGCCUUGGCUCUACUUCAGGAAUUAAGCGAUGAAGUGUCAAAGAUUGAUAAUCGAUAUAGUGAAGAGCUGACAAUGCGUUUGCAAUUGAAUAAGGGAAUUUGCUAUACCAAACUACAAUAUUUUUUCUUCAAUGGUGUACAAUUGCAUAUUGUCCAACCUUUGGAAGAUAAUGAGGUGACUUUGAACGCUAAGACGCCGGACAACAAUCAUCAGAUGCCGUGGAAAUCAGGAUUCAAAUCCCAGCCAGCACAAAUCUAUAUGGAAAUUGGAAAACUAUAUUUGCAGCAAGGUGUCAGCCAACGUAAUAUGGCAAGAAAUGCAUUUUUAAAAUCGAAAGAAAUUUACGAAAGCCUAGGCGACUUACAAAAUAGUAAAAAGAAUAAAUAUCUAUUGGCUCAGGUAAUGAGUACCGAAAUAUUUCCCCUGUUCAUGGAUCUUAUGAAGGCAAGUGAUAAAUAUUGUAAUUUAUUUGAUUUACGUCGUUGGAAAUAUCAAUUGAAACCAUUUUGGCGUGAUCAAUAUUUAAAAACUGAAAUGGGUGAUGAAUUGCAGUGUCUACUGAACGAGUUUCCUCCAAAGAAAACAAAUUAA